AUGAAGGCCUUCCUGUUUGCCAUUGGUUUGGUGGCUCUGCUUAAUCCAACUCAGGCAACUUUUGAAAAGUUGGGUCUAGUUGUCGGUGGUGGCGUAGGAGCAGUUGGCUAUAAUAACAACUAUGGUUCUGGUUAUAGCGGUUACCGAAGCGGCAGGUCAUAUAGUGGUAGUUACGGUUAUGGAGGUGGCAACGGUGCAGGUUAUGGUGGCAGUUAUAGCCCUGGAUAUACAAAUAAUGUUAAAGUGAUAAAAGUUACUGUAGCACCUAGCACUGGCCCAUACGGGGGCUAUGGCGGUGGAUCCUAUGGUGCAGGAUAUGGCGGCAGCUAUGGCGUUGCACCUGUGGCUGCUAUUACAACACCAAUAAUAACUGCAGUCACUACACCCGUUGUUACAUCGGGCAUUAAUUCCUAUGGCAGCAGUGGUUAUGGUGGCUAUGGGGCUGGUUCUUACUUUGGAGGAGCAUAUGAAAGUGGCCACUAUGGCGGUGGAUAUGGGGCCAGUAUUCCAGCCACAUUUGGUUAUGGUCCAGGUUAUGGCUAUGGAGGCGGCUUUGGUUUGGGUUUUGGACCCACUGUGAUUUUAAUGUCCGAAUCGGAGAAACAAACCAGAAUAUCGGAGAAAUAUAUAAAAGUAGCUUUUGCUCAGGAUAUGAUUGCAGAAAAUCAAGAGAUAAAACUGUAA